CAUGUUACCACUAGUCUCCCGUGGGGUGACGAAGGGGUCGAGGAAUCCCAAGAUCUGAGAGUACUUCCACCUCUUCCCAGACCCUGCUGCUGACCCACUCCUCUUGUCCAUCUCCUUCCUCUUCUCCUUCAGAUGUCCCUGAGGCUCUUCCACUUUUUUCUGCAAAAGUCCCCUGAAUAAACAAUAUCUUGUAAGCAAAAAAUGUAGCUGAAUAUAAGCGGGAAAAUAAUUGUAAAAUAGCGCAAGGCAGCUUGCUAGCUGGUUAGCAGGUCAAUAACGUGACUCAAAAGUAGCAGGAAAAUAGUUAAAAAUAGCUAGCUGCUUAGCAGGGCAAUAACGUGACACAAAAGUGAAAUGUGUAAUUAUAUAUAUAUAUGCGCGUGUAAAAAAUAUACCCAUAAAUAUUUUGUUCAAGAAAUUACAGUGACUGUAGCAUUUCUAUCGUAAAGAAGUGGACAAAUAUUAAAGAUUAAUUUGUAUUUACAACUUACCAGGUUGCCCAAUCUCCUCACUGACCCUCUUCCAAGCGAGGUCCUUUUUGUUCCUGUCUCUGUAAAAAUAUGAACUGGAAUCGUACAAUUCCGGGUGACUGCUAACAGCAACAAUUAAUUUUUCCUCCAUAGCUGUCAGUGAUUUUGGAAUGAAAGAUUCCGAGCGGGAGCGGGAGUUUACCUCACUUUACCUCCUGAGUGACAGCAGGCAGCUAGGCUCCUGAUUGGUUAACGCGGCGCGAAUUGACGCCAAAGUUCAGAUUUUUCAACUCGGGCGGCAGACGCGAAUUCGCGUCAAACGCGUGAAUGCACCAUUCGCGCAUAACGCGCGUAACGCGCCAGACGCUCAAUUCGCGCAAUUCGCGCGAACUUGACGCGCGAAUGAGGCGUAUUCGCGUCUACCGCGCCGCGCUCUACGCCUCAUUCGCGCCGCAGGAAUUUUUUACGCGCGUAACGCGUCUUUGCAUUGACUUAACAUUGAAAUCACUCGCGCCUGACGCGCUAUUCGCGUCCGGUGUGAACGCAGCAUUAGGAUACUGCCACACUGAAUGCCCUUUCAUAUGGAACGUUUUUUUUUUGUUGUUGCUUUAAAUGAUUGCUUAAAAGCAGUGUUCCUUUCAUCUAAUCUGAUAUAGUUUGUGCUCUUAACUGUCCAGUGGUACAAUUCAAUUUGACUUUAAGUACAGAAAACAGUCAGAAAAGCAAUUGAGUAUUACAGAAAUCAAUUCAUUAAUAAACUUUACAGAAGAACAGCAUGCAGGAUUCAUACUUGGAUUGAUGGAUAAUUCAAAAUGCUUUACAUCACUUUGACAGUAAGGGUUUUUCCUUCAUUGAACAUUUGAUGGCAGCUGCCAAAGCUAAAUUUCGGGUCGCCGAAGCAAAUGUAAUGAUAUUCAUUUCAAGUUUACCACUUUUAUAAGUGCAAAAUAUGCUUCUCAUUUGAAAUGCAUGAGUGAAGCCUUGUUUCACUUGAGUGUCACUCGAGCCACAUAGACCCCUUUUACACCUGGUAUUGAGAUGCUUUUUGGGUGAUACAAUCACUUGUGGUCAGAAAUAAAUACAGGUCUAAAAGGUUUUGUGGUCACAUCUUAAAAACCACAUCCAAAUCUGGUCAAAAACAACUUGUUUUCUAUUUUGGCAGAAAAUUAUUUUACCACCGUAAACUUUUGUUAGUGCUUGCACAAUUUUGUACCUAACCACUAAAUAUUUUUAUUCUGUUUUUAUUUAUUUAUUUUUUUUAUACAUACUCCCCCCUAUUAUUAAAUCACUUCUUUUGCCCCUGUCUGAAUGUUCUGCCCUGACCCCUACAAAAAUAAUGGUCCCUCCUGACCCCUCAUAACCCCAGCACUUCCCUAAGGAAGACUCUGAGGACUCAGAGCUGGAGAACAUCUUGGGACAUCACCCACCCAGGAAGGGCCACCCAUUUGCCCACCAUAAGGGCGAUAGUGAGGGUGACGGGCAUAGUAGGCCUCACACCCCCAGAACACCAACCUACCUGAGGGCUGUCACGGUGCCCAGGGGUCCAGGAGAGUUAGAGCAUGAGUCCAUACACAUGGCUCAGCAGGGUCAUCUGCCAUCUCCCAUCAGCCCCUCCAGACCUAAAAGCCCCUGGGGUCGAUACAACCUGUACGACUCUACUGAGGAUCAAGAUAAGGAGUAUGUGGGAUUUGCCACUUUGCCAAAUCAGGUUCACCGCAAAACUGUGAAGAAGGGCUUUGACUUCACUGUAAUGGUGGCAGGAGAGUCUGGUUUAGGAAAAUCCACCCUGGUCAACAGUCUGUUCCUCACAGAUCUCUACAAAGAGAGAAAACUGCUCAACGCUGAGGAGAGGAUCACUCAGACGGUGGAGAUCACUAAACACACAGUGGACAUUGAAGAGAAGGGUGUCAAACUCAAACUCACUAUCGUGGACACACCAGGAUUUGGAGAUGCAGUCAAUAACACUGAAUGCUGGAAGCCAGUGGCAGAUUACAUUGAUCAGCAGUUUGAGCAAUACUUCAGAGAUGAGAGUGGACUGAACCGCAAGAACAUUCAGGAUAAUCGCGUGCACUGCUGCCUUUACUUUAUUUCACCCUUCGGUCACGGUUUGAGGCCUCUGGAUGUGGAGUUCAUGAAAGCUCUCCAUGAGAAGGUCAACAUUGUUCCUGUUCUAGCUAAAGCGGACACACUUACCCCGACUGAAGUCAAGAAGAAGAAGAUCAAGAUUCGAGAGGAGAUCGAGCAGUUCGGGAUCAAGAUCUAUCAGUAUCCAGACUGUGAUUCGGACGAAGACGAGGACUUUCUACAACAAGACCAGGAGCUCAAGGACAGUAUUCCCUUCGUUGUGAUUGGCAGUAACAUAGUAGUGGAGGCGAAAGGCAAGAGGGUUCGAGGCCGCCUGUACCCCUGGGGAAUUGUAGAAGUGGAGAAUCCAGCAUACUGUGACUUUGUGAAGUUGAGGAACAUGCUGGUACGAACACACAUGCAGGAUCUGAAGGAAGUGACGCGGGAAAUUCACUAUGAGAACUACAGAGCGCACUGCAUUCAGAGUAUGACACGUAUGGUGGUGAAAGAACGAAACCGCACCAAACUGACCCGGGAGAGCAUCACAGACUUCCCAAUGGUGACCAGUGCCACGGACAACGAGACGGAGAAGCUGAUCCGCGAGAAAGACGAGGAGUUGCGACGGAUGCAGGAGAUGCUGCAGAAGAUUCAAGAACAGAUGCAAACGCAGAAAGAGGCAUAUUAACUAUGUGUCAUUGUGAUCUUAAGCACCGCCCCUGACCACACCCACCAGAGUCACCCCUCCCCCUCCAGCAGCUUUGCAGUGAUGUCUGUUUAAAGAUUUCGGCAUUCCGAAGCCAGCAGAACUGGACCGCAUUGCACACGACGACGGUGUCUGCGAAGACGCUGUAUUUGUGCGAUCAACAAAAACAAGCCACGAUUUGACCAUUCCAGAAACCGAUAGUAAAUAAUCUACACUGGUGAAUUUCAUGAGAACAUGGCGGAUCACAAAUCUCCCAGAAAAUCUAAAGAAAAUAUCGUUGAAUUUCACGACCAUUAAGAUUUUUUGCCAUGUGACAUUAUUUUCUGAACAAUUUAUCACUUUUUUUUAAUUUCUUUUUUUAUUCCCAAACAUGAAUGAGAAUUAAAAAAAAAAUUGAUAUUAUAGUUUGGGAAUAACUGUAUUUAAAAAAACAAGAAUAUUUAUAACUUGUUUUCUGUCCUGCCUUUAAUUUAUGCAGACAUUUAUAAUGUCAUGAUACUCUAGUAUCCAUAACCACAAAAUCAUGAUUUCUAGUCCUUUAUUAUUGUUAUGUUUUACUACAAAUACCAUAGUUUAACUUUCUGCAAGGAAACAUAAAGCUUGUUGUGAGGGAAAAUAAGUUCCUGUAAUGAUUACUGUAACAUUUAUCAUUCUGUUUUUUUAUAGAUUUUCAUUAUAAAUAUCUGCAUAAGUUCAAGGCUGUACAACAACUUAUUCCUUGCUGAAUUUAAAUAAUAUAUCACAAUAUCUUUCCUUUUUUUGCAUUAAAGUAAUAAGAUUGUGAUUUUAUUUUUUGUACAUAUUACAGUAAUGGGAAUUUUGUGGGUGAAAAAUGAUCUGGACACAUUAACGGGUUCCAUAAGUAUUCUUAGUAUUCUGUGGUGAAGUGGGUUCCACCGCAUGCUAAUUGUUAGCUAGCAAGCAAAAAAAAUAAAAUUGUCAUUUGUUACCUUUUGAGGAGAAAAAAAAUUCUUAGAUAAACUUUUUUUUUUUUUUUAGAGAGAGAGAGAGAAUUGUAUUUAUUCAUUCAUUUUUUAAUUAUUUUUUUUUUGAGAGAGAAUUUUAUUUGUAAUUUUUUUUAAAAAGAUGUUUUAGUUAAUUAAAAAAACAUUUGAGAGAGAAAAAAAUAUUAUAAUUUUUUUGUUGUUGAUUUUCUUUUCUUUUCUUUUCGUUUUUUUUUUUUUUUUUUUUUUUGAGAAAGAGAAAAUAAAUAUUUGUAUGACUCAGGAAGGCACUAAGACACCUAGUGAAUUGUUUUUUUUCCACAGUGCGUUUCAGGGCUUCCGUAUGAGAGCAUUCUUAUACAGAAUAGUUAUAUAUCCUAAAUGAAUGAUAGAAUAAAGGCUUUUAUUCUGUGAAGGAUGUUCUGGUUCAGGGGCCGGUAAAGACAGAAGCCUUUUAACCACUUUGCUUGUUGUCCAUUAUGUGUUUGUACUUCCAAGAUUGUUUUAUAAUGGCUCAAUAUCAUAGGAUAGACGCAGGGAAAUAGUAAAAAAAUUCUCCAAUGUAUACGUUUAUUUGUACAAUGUUCGUUAACUGCAUCUGAUGUAUUUUGGUUUUGUUUAUUCAACACCGCAAAGUUGCAUCUAAUGGCACAAUUCCUUUAUUUUCUUAUUGGAAAUAUAAAGUGAUAUUUUUGGAGAAAAGCUGUUUCAGGCCUUGAAGUUGAACUGAUUCCACAAGUGCAUGUUUAAUGAAGAGAAUGAAAGAAGGACAUUUGUGAUAUGAAUAUACAGAUGUUCUGUUAUUGUGACUGGGAUGUUCAUAGUAAAGUUCUACACUUAUAGACAUGGAGUACGUCUACUGGGAUAGAUUUUCUUUGGUAUUUUCAUCUAUUUUCUUUGGUAAUGUUGGUGAAAAGAUGUGUUAUUUAAGUCGUUGCGAUCGCUGUUUUCGGUAAAAGAGCUCAAUGAUGAACACUUUUACUAUAGAUGCUUAUUUUCUAUUGUUACACUUUCUUUCAUUUUUGACAUAAAAGGAUAUUUAACAAAUGUUAAAUUGAUUGAUUGUUGGGUUAUGAUGUCUUAAGUCCUGGAUAAUAUUUCUAUUCAUGGCCUUUUCAAACUGUUGUAGAAAUCUAAUAGAAGUAUAGUACAGUUUGUUUCAGGUACACCGUUAAAGACAUCGAAACACUCGACUUGUUGCUUUUUUAAAUAUUUUCAUCUUAUUUUUCUUUUUAUAUUUUCUGUUUAUUUUGGUCUAGAAUGAGCAGCUCAAUUUUCGUUAUGACUGAUUCUGUUAUUCUAAUAAUUGAAUUGCUUCUCUUUGUACAAACUUCACUGCUCUCUUUGAUUUUGUAUUGGACUGAGGACGUUUUUCCAAUGGCUUCCAUAAAUGCAUUAAAAAUAUUGUUUAAAGGAUGAACUGAAUAUGUGAAGUUAUCUAUCACUUUUAAA